GUCUACUAUGAAGCCCGAACCGCUAUUUCCUUAUUUAUAAAUACACAUAUUUCCAUCCACUCUUCAUCAUAAAACUUGCCAAGAUAUUUUUUUUUAUCUUCUUCUUCACAACCAAUUCCCAUUUUCCAUUUUCUUGUAACUAAGCUUGUCGCAGGAUUACAGUGUGUCAUUAUUAUAGGUACAAGAAUGAGGAGCAAUAAAGCAAAUAAGCAAAGCAAAUUCAUCUUCCAAAUCAUUUUCGCACCCAUUAAGAUUCUUAGCAAAGCAAGAGACUUCUACAUGAAGAGCAUGCAAGACUGCGCCGGUAAGAUUGGCUAUGGCGCCGUGACAUUUGGUGGUCCGGCAGUGUCUGAAAGUGUGUACUUGCCUAAGAGUUUCAGUGUCAGUUAUACACAAUCAGGCUCAUGCAACAAUGAGGAAUUGAGACAACUUUUGAGGAGGAGAAGAAGUGUAAUUCAAUCAUCAAAUAUGCAUAUUGCACAAAGAGAGGUAAGGGUAACUACAAUGGUUUCUUGUGAUGAGGGGAGAAGUUACAGCGUUGGGCUGGGGAGGAUUGGAAGAAUUGAUGAAGACAGGCCUUGUUCAUUUAAAGAAGGGGAUGAUAAGGAUGCAGAUUUGUAUCUUAGAAGUAGAAGUCAUGCCCUUAGGAGGAAUAUUGUCUACCAAUAGUGAUUAAUUAGUAAAAUAUGUUACCAAUAUGGAGUCAUUUUUAGAGUUGUGGAUUACUGGUUCAAAUGUUAAAUCACGAAAAUUCUUUGUUAGACUUUAUGAA